CGCGCUGCCAAAUCAUUGCAAUGGAGGGAAAUUCAAGAUUUUCAACAAUAACAAAUGCAACACAAUUUUCUAGAUGCUUAAUUUACAUUGAGUUUUGUUUCUUUCUUCGAAUUCCAGAUGGAAAUUAAUAAAAUCUUUCACCCUGAGAUAUCUACCGAGAAAAUGGUUAUAGAUGACUCAUUAAAAAAUGAAAGCUGUAAUUCCUACUGUCCAGACUUUUCUGACAUAUAUGAUGACAAUUUCGAGUUUUGGGAUUUUUUACAUAGCAAAAAGGAUAGAAAUGGAACUCUUAAUCGUGAUGAAGAACGAUUUCAAAAAAAUAACUUUUGGGAUUUCUUGGGUCCAUCAUCAAUUAAAGAUCAAAAUAGCCUUCUACAGAAUAGUAGCGAAAUCAUCGAUUCUACCAUCACAACUCCAAAUGACUCAGGGAUAUAUUUUGAAAAUGAAUCUCCGUUAUAUCCUGAAAAGAAAACAGUUUCAAAUGGUAUUAAUCUUCAUUCACCUGAAUUAAAACCAACUUCUUCAGAUGAUGAGUUUUGGGAUUUUUUGAGCUAUAAUUCGCCAGUUGUAACUGUCAAAGAACUGCUGAAAGACUUGAAUUCCUCAAAAGAUGACAACGAAUCUGGCAUCAGCUUAUUUUCUUCAAGAUGCGAUGAAUCUCCUUUUCCAUCAAUCUCUGAAUGUAUGGAAUCGGGGAGAUCUAGUACUUUUAACAGUUCACCAUCAUCUGUAUCUGUAAGAAGUAAACACAACCGUGGAAAUGGAAACGAAGCAAAAGAAUUUAAUUCGAGACAAAGCUUCCACGGUGAAAAAAACUAUGGCACAUCGGAACAAAUUAUUGAGUCUAGCGAUCACGCAAAUUACAUCGAUGUCCUAAAGUACUUACAGCAAGAAUGCAUUGUCAGUGACAAAGAAGUUGUGUCCUCUAUACCAAGUGAUAAAACUUGCCUUGAUAAAAACUCAUUGAAAAUAAAUACUAAAGAAAGGUGCAAAUAUCAAAGAAACUUGGAUGCUAUAUAUAAUGAAUUAGAUAAAUUUAAUGAAAAGCAUAGUAAGGUGCAAGAGCGAAGUCUGAUAUCUUCAAACAAAUCUCAGCUGAAUGUUUCAUCAUCAAAUCAAAAAACUGUUUAUGAUGCAGCAGCACCUAUUCUCUCUUCAAAAUCCAAUUUUGAUAAAUUAAAAAAAGAUGGGAACUCAAACGGAUCGAACCCUUUUAAGCUCUGUAGUCAAGAAACAGCAGGGGUUCAACAGAUAAUUAACAAAAGGCAUACUAAACGUUUUAAAAGAAAUAUUCCAAAGCAUUUAGUUUCUUCUUAUUUUAAUACAGCUGGAAAUUCUAAGCUUACUUCAACCAUCUCAAGUUUAAACGCGAUCAGUGAUGUGAAUUUCAAUCAACCAAACAUGCAAACAUCUCUCCAAAAUCUCAACUCUACAAACUCUUACCAUGCAGAGAAUGGAAUUAAAAGUAAUAGCACUUCUAAAGUUAAAUCCUUUGGCAUAAAUCCUAUAAUUACCAGUAGCACAGCACCAGUAAUAACAGUUACGGCUAACAAUACAAUAGCAAGCAAUUCGUCUACAAAUACUCCACCUCUUUAUUUACUAAUGUCAUCAAACGCGGAGACUCUACAAAAUCCGAAUUAUUCUCAUUUUUUCCUAGUUAUUAAUAACAGUAACGGUAAUUCUCAAAUGAAUCAACCUACUUUUAUUCAAAAUUCUCAAGUUAUUAAUGCGAACAAUUUAAAAAGUACUCCAACUCAAUUUGGUCAAGUACUUGCAAAAGUUAAUUCAGAAAGUGCAAAUAAAUCUGAUUGUAUUGCAAAACAGAAAGUUUUGAUUGUGAAUAAGUCAAAUAAAGCAGAAUCCUCAUCUUCCACUUCUGUUACAGACUCCUCAGUUUCAAACAUAAAAUAUCAAACAAUACCUCAAGUUUAUUUGCCUUAUACUACCCUUGUAAAUUCGACUGAUGGAGCCAAUCAAGUCAGAGUUCAAUAUUUAAACAAAAUUCCUGUUGUUAAUAAUACGAUAAAUAUACCAGUUUCUGUAAAUAAUUUAGUCUCAACUUCAACAGUUCCCACUACAGUUUCAAAUACGUCCAUUUCUUCAAUUCCUAAUUCGAAUUUUUACUCAGCAGUUAAAAGUUUUGGAGUUAAGGAGCAGAUAACAAACUUAAAAUUGGACUCAAAACCCAAAGUUACACAAUCUAAAUGUAGACAACCCAUUUUGAAACCAAUAAAAAAUAUUCCCCUUGGAAAAGAUAAGUAUGCUAUACAACAAAUAAGCACCCCUGUUCCAAUUUGUGGUAAUGAAGAACUAAACAAUUCUCUAGGGUAUUAUUCAAAUGUGAACAAGAUAAAUGAAAAACUUUUUCUUGAAAAAUCAAAUUUUGAUAAUAAUUCAGGAUCAAGAAUUAACAAUAAUGCUUCUGAAGCAUUGGAAAAGAAUACCUCAAAUUUUCGAAACACGUUAACGGCAAUUCCAAAUAAAAAUUUUAUUCAGCAAAAUGAGACUUUACCAAAUACAAACUUCACAUCAACAAGUGUGACUACGUCAUCAAUAGGCUCAGUGAAGAAAAAUACAAAUUUACAAGAAAAAUGUCAAAUUUCUGCUACAAAUUCAGUCAAUGUUAAUGUUGUUCCUGUUUCAAAAACUCUACAAAUAAAUAAAAGUGUUUCUGCUCUAAAUACUAUUCAAACGACGAACAGUAAAGACAAACAAAGUGCUUCGAAUUUCAAUUUGAAUACGACAAACAGCUUAGUCCCAAUGAACGGAAAUUCCCAAAAUAAAUCUCUAGCAACAUUACAAGAGCUAUUUCCUCCUCCUAUAUCAAUGGUUCCAGUAUGCGUAUUACCACAAACACAAUCCUCCCAGGAUACAAAUCAAGCAGGUCCAUCUAAAGUUUUAAUUUUGAAUGGUAAUGGUAAAGAGCAGACAGUUACUCAUAAACUCAAAAUCGAUCCAAUUCCAUAUCGAGAACGUUCCAUUUCUAAGAAGGCGAAAGAAAAACUGAAGAAAGGACGUCUUAAAACUGUUCGAGAACUUCUACAAGAACGAAGAAAAAGCUGUUCAAAUCAAUCCAGAAACAGUAACAAAAUGAGCAAAGAAAUAAGAGUACUGAGACCAGUCUUAAGACUUUCAACCUGCGAUGUUCAUCCUAGCACGUCUUCUCAGACAAUUACAAACAUUUCGAAACUGAACUCGGAUGGCAAUAAUACUACAGAAACUGCUAUCAGGAAAAGACCAAACAUCCUACUGUUACCAUCUUCUUCUAAAACACUAAAGAAAAACAAUUUUACAGAAGUUAAACAAGGCAUUUCAGUAAAAGAACAAGAAUCUGAACAUUUUGCAGAAUCUUCUGUUUCUGAAAAUAUGGAAGAUUCUUUAUCAUCAUAUACCAGCUCUGCAUUCGACAAGAAGGAUAAUCGUCCAAGACAUUAUGACAUGUCUCAGCUUAAUAUUGGUGAUUUCAGGGUCGAUGAUGAUAUCGAUUCUUGUGGACGAUUCCGAAGCAAAUUUAAAGUAAUUUUUAGCAAACGCCAGUUUUAUUACGAUUUCCCUGUUUCUCGAUGCAAUCAGUACAGCUUAAAGUCCACUGAUGCAUGGGAGCAGAUGGCCCGUAUCGCAGUUUCUUUCAAAACUGUUGUUACUAUGAGUCUGAACGAAAGAACCAUCGAAAUCAGUAUAAAUGCCCCACCUACGAUCACGCUGGGAAGGCUCCAGUCAAGAACGGGUAUAAUUCCCAAUUCCACCAUAUAUGAUACAGUGAUUGAAAGCGAUUGCACGUGGGGCUGUAUGAUUCGAAGUUCAUUUCAUCAUAAAAUUAUCCUCCGGAAGAAACAAGCGAACAAGGUAAAAUCUUUUCUUUGCCACUUCGAUGAUAGGUUUCUCAAUAUAAUAAACGUCAGUAGCUUAUGCGAGAAUGGAAUAAACAGCGUCGAUGAAUUGUCCAUUUUUGAUGGAGAGCGUUCUCCAACGACACUUAAGCAAAAUAUCAUGAAAAAUAAAAAGCACUACAUCCGAAGACUGUCUCAUUGGGAUUCUUCUGAAAAUGAAGAUCAGAGAACUGUUGAUGAAGACGAUCUAGUUUUGCUGAAUCAGAUGUGCUCUUGUCGAGUCAGUUGUCGCUCUAUACGUUGUUCGUGCGUGAAAGCAGCUAAAAGUUGCAACUCUGUAUGUGACUGCAUCAAUUGCGACAAUCCUCUGAAUAUUCUGGAGACUCUUGGAAUGAACUUGGAUUUUUCUCUUAGUGAUAGUUGCCUGUUUCAAAACAUUUAUCAGAUUCCAAAACUUGUACCUUUCCUUACAAAAGAAGUGAAGCUGACAUGUUGCAAUACUUUUGCCCGUGUUCAAGAUUGCAUACCAGGAACUGUUCUUUGUCCGAAUGUGGACUGUAAUGUUCCACUGGAAUUUUCAUGGUGCAAAAAAAUUGUCUGUUACCCUGAAAGGAACCCUAGAAACCAUUGUUCGUUUUGUGGUCAGUGUUGUUUUUCCAGUGGUCGACAUUGUAUGACUUGCAAUAAAUGCUACGUUUCAACAUCGAAAUUUCCUAAUUGCCCAACUUGCGAAGAAAAGACAUCUGUUGCCACUGCAAAGGAUAUGGAAUCAAACAAUUACAAUUAUGAUAGAGAUCAUGAUGAUCAUCAGAAAAGUGUUACCAAAUCUGUUCAAAAACCAGAAAUAAUUAUUUUAGAUGUAUUCUCAAUACCGAAGACUUCCGCUAACACCGAAAAUGAAGAGGAAUCGUCGAAUCAUAAAGAUUCUACGAAUUGUGAUGACCCAAAGAUAUUUAAAAACUGCAACAAUUGUCAAGAUUCUACAGACUCUGUGAUUACGAUUGACUGAAACUUAUUAAUCUGAAACACAAGCAAUUUGAAAUGAAAUAUUGAAUGAAAUGUUUUCAAUUUUGUAUUUUUACUAUGCCAUCAGCAUUUUUAAAAUGCUGAAAUCUUCGUUUUAAUGACUCUAAAUUUCUCCAGAUUUAUAAAAUGUAAAAUGUUUUUAUUAUUUUUCAAGUUCUAUUUAGUGAAUCGAAAUAUUUAGCGUCAUGUGAGAACAUGAGUAAGAAUAGGAAACAACUUAAUAUAUAUUUUGUUUGAUCAAUAUUAUUUAUUUGCAGAGAAACGAUUGCAAACAUUAUUUUUCUUGGAGAUUUUUAUUUUCAUUAUUAGUGAUUUUAUUGCUAUAUUUCUCUUGUUAAACCUGUUGGAAAAAAUGUUGUAAAAUUAAAAAUGAAAAAAAUUGUAAAAAAAAUCAAGAUUAUUUAUGGCAGGAGACAGUUGAUGGA